AUGGGUUUUAAACGACUGCCCUUUGGCAUCGCCAAUGCGCCUUUUCUGUUUCAACGUACGAUGGCAUUGACUUUCGCACAUUUUGGUCCAAAAUCCGGUCUUCUCGUGUACAUGGACGAUCUCAUUUGUUGUUCAUCUACAUGGGAGGGUCAUAUCUCUCUUUUGGAAAAUACCUUUCAAGCGCUACAAGCCGCAGGUGUAGAUCGGAUAAAAUCGAUACUAGAGUUGCCAACGCCAACAAACAUCAAAAGUUUGCGAUCAGUCCUAGGAACGGUCAACUAUGUCAGGAAAUUUAUCCCAGACUUAGCCGCCGUCAUCGCACCAUUGGUCGACCUCACGAAGAAAGACGCAGUGAAGUCGGUAGCGAAACGCUGGUGUCCGAAACAUGAUGAAGCAUUUGCCGAAGUGAAACGAUUACUCACCAACGCUCCUGUUUUGCAUUUUCCGGACUUUUCUAAAGAGUUUGUUAUCCACGUAGACGCAUCUGAAGUGGGAGCAGGAGCAUUCCUGGCACAACAGAAUGGCGAUGACGUGAAUAUCGUAGCAUACUUUAGCCAGCGAUUCAACAAAAGCCAACAACACUACUCUGCCACCAUGAAAGAAUGCUAUGCUGUUGUUCUAGCAAUUCAACACUGGCGUCCUUAUUUAUGGGGUAGACAUUUUACGUGCGUAACUGAUCAUGCGGCAUUGCGAUAUCUCCAUACGAUGCAAGACACGUCAAAUAUGCUCACUAGAUGA